ACUCGCUUUUCUUCCUCUCCGUCUCCAGGCUCUCUCCCUCGCUCUCUCGUCUUUCUCUUUCUUUCUUUCUUUUUUCCCCUCCUUUUCUUUUCUUUCUCUUUCCUCGCGCUUCUCUUUUCUUUUUCUUGAAGGCUUUUUGUACACAAGCAAUAGCUUUUCUCUCCUUCGCCCGUCUCGCUCAUCCUUGUCCCUCCUCUUAGUUUUCAUUUUUUUUUCUUUUUUCUGGGACGACAAUGGAGGAGAAGUAGAGAGAGCUAGGGUUUGUACAACCGACUGGAUUCUGCCGGUUCUACGAUUCAAGAUUUGGGCGUGGAGGAUCUUGGUUUUUGGCCAUGGGAAAAUCACCUGGGAAGUGGAUCAAGACAUUGCUUUUUGGGAAGAAAUCAGCCAGAUCUCAUGCAACGAAAGCAAGGGAUGCUCUGUUGCAGAAAUCUGUCAAUGAUAAAGGGUAUACCGGAGGAAAAGGACCUGCUUUGACUGAGAAUUCUUCAGUAAUUUCUGAACCAGUACUUGUCAGCACUGACAACAAUGGAAUUAUCUUAAAUUUAGAAAAGGGAACACCUUCCAAUUUAGAUGGUGAUGGAGGAAUGCUUUCUGCCACAAGUCAGGAUGCAGAUAAACAGGGAUUUGUCAGAUAUGACACAUCAAAUGAUCCUGAAAAACUUAGAGAAGAGCAAGCUGCUAUAAAGGCACAGGCAGCUUUUCGUGGUUAUCUGGCACGCCGGGCGUUCCGCGCAUUGAAAGGUAUUAUUAGGCUUCAGGCCCUAAUUCGUGGGCAUCUGGUAAGGAGACAAGCUGUUGCAACCCUACGUGCUAUGCAGGGAAUUUUGAGGUUACAAGCCAUGGUUCGUGGCCAAAGAAUUAGGUGUUCUAGCAUUGGAUUCAAAAUACAUACAAUGCUUGCUCAGGGAAACACUGCGCUUCUUUCUUCAUUGCUUGUUGCAAAGCCUCUACGAGUACAGUAUGAUCAAGGGGACCCCAAUUCAGUCUUCAGCUGGUUGGAGAGAUGGACGUUCACUCAUUUCUGGAAGCCGCUUUCACAGCCAAAAAAGGCAGCUGAUUCAAAAUCUCAGACAAGAAGGUUCAAUUAUGCUAUGGAAACUGAAUCCGGCAGAUCAAAGCGCAAUGUUCGUAGGAAUUCAGCUGCGAAUAUUGACUCUGCUCAAACCAAUGUCACAUCUGAACCUGAAAAAACAAAACGCAACCUGAGAAAAUUAGCUGGCUCUUCUGCUGACUCAGUACGGGAACCUCCGCUGACUGAACUUGAAAAGGUCAAGCGUAACCUAAGAAAGAUAUCUAAUUCCAUCACAGAGCCUUCUGACUGUCUAGAGGUUGAAACUGAGAAACCAAUUCACAGUGUGAAAAAGGUGUCGAGCUCCCCUUCUGAUCUUUCUGACCAAGGCCUUGAUGAUUCUGCUGAGAAGAUAAAGAAUGAUGUUAUUCUGUUUCCUGAUACCAAGCCUGAGGUGGAAACUGUUUUUAAAUCUACAGGAGCAGAGGGACCUGCUGAUAUGUUGUCUGUUGAAUGUUUUGCAACUGAAUCACAUCAAUUGCAGAGCAUUGACAAUGAAGAGAAGGCUUUGAUGGUGAAUGGGGAGUUAAGUUCCAAGGAAGAGCAACCUUGCCUUGAGAACCAGAAAACUGGCAAGAAAAGGUCUUCUUUCUCUGAAAGGUCAGAAUAUGCUGACAAUUGUUUACAGAACACUCCAGUCUUGCCAAAUUAUAUGGCAUCAACUGAAUCUGCAAAGGCAAAAUUACGGGGACAGAUUUCACCAAGGUUUGGCUCAGAUUCAGCUGACAAAAAUGGCAUCACUCGUCGUCAUUCUUUGCCAUCUUCUACCAAUGGGAAGUUGAACUCACACUCACCACGGACACAGAGACUAGUUCCAGCUAAUGCCAAGGGGGGAAGUAGAAGUCUCUUUUCAUCUAGAGAUGGAAAUGGUAUGAAUUUCAACAUUCUUUUUCUUAGUUUAGUCUGUCAUUGUUUAGAAUAUUUCUUGCUUUUUGGUUUUUCUGUUUGUUUCUUUUUGUUGAUUCAUCUGUUCUUGUUUCAAUAUAUAUUCUGGAGAUUAAGUCCUUCAAUACAUGUUCUAGAAAUUAAAAGCUCUAUGUUAUUUGUCAAUCAUACAAUCUUUAUAAAUUUGACUUCCAGUCUUUUUCAGCAAGCCACUUUUGUAGAAUUUUUGUCUUUCAUAAAAUAUCACAGCAGAAAGUUAAUUUAAAUGUUGAUUCUAAGAUAUAGCGG